AGUUUUCAGUUUACAUUUUGUAUUUCCGUUGUAAACAAUGUCUGGCGGUACAAAUUUUAAAGAGAAAACAGUUCAGAAUAUUUUACUUCAGUUUUUCAAAGAUGAAAAAUUAAAAAUAAAUGCAGAGGCCUUGAGUCUUAUGACAGAACUCCUAAACAUUUUUGUUUCAGAAGCAGUAUUGAGAACAAUCAAGGAAGCAAAGAAAGAUCACCAAGACCAGAUACCAAUUGAUUAUUUUGAGAAGAUUUUGCCUCAGUUGUUACUGGAUUUUUAAAGAUUGACACAGCAGUUGAUACAUGUCAUUUAUAAUUAAUAAAAUUAUGUAAAAACAUUAAA